CGCCGCCGCGCCCUCUCGCCGCGGUUUGAAUGUGAAGCUCAGCCGGAGCGCCUGGAGCCGCCGCCGCCGCCGCCGCCGGGGAAGCCGCCAGAAUUGCUUGUGGGUUUAAGGUUCUGCCAAAAUGGAGCUGAGUGAUGCCAAUUUACAGACUUUAACUGAGUAUCUAAAGAAAACACUAGAUCCAGACCCUGCUAUAAGGCGUCCUGCCGAAAAGUUUCUUGAGUCAGUUGAAGCAAGCCAGAAUUACCCAUUGUUGCUCUUAACACUGCUGGAGAAAUCACAGGAAAAUGUCAUCAAAGUUUGUGCAUCUGUAACGUUCAAGAACUAUAUUAAAAGGAACUGGAGAAUUGUUGAGGAUGAACCAAACAAAAUAUGUGAAUCGGACAGAAUAGCCAUUAAAGCCAACAUAGUGCCCUUGAUGCUUAGCAGCCCAGAACAAAUUCAAAAACAGUUAAGUGAUGCUAUUAGUAUCAUUGGUCGUGAGGACUUCCCCCAGAAAUGGCCAGACUUACUGACAGAGAUGGUGAAUCGCUUUCAAAGUGGAGAUUUCCACGUCAUUAACGGCGUCCUUCGCACUGCUCACUCUUUAUUUAAAAGGUACCGCCAUGAAUUUAAGUCAAAUGAAUUAUGGACAGAGAUCAAACUUGUUCUUGAUGCUUUUGCUUUGCCCUUGACCAAUCUCUUUAAGGCAACUAUUGAACUAUGCAGCACACAUGCAAAUGAUGCUAGUGCUUUGAAGGUUCUCUUUUCUUCUCUCAUUCUGAUUGCAAAGCUGUUCUACAGUUUAAAUUUUCAGGAUCUUCCCGAGUUUUUUGAAGAUAACAUGGAAACCUGGAUGACAAACUUUCAUAGUCUUCUCACUUUAGAUAAUAAACUUUUGCAGACUGAUGAUGAAGAAGAAGCUGGAUUACUGGAGCUCCUGAAAUCACAAAUUUGUGAUAAUGCUGCUUUAUAUGCUCAAAAAUAUGAUGAAGAAUUUCAGCCCUACCUGCCACGUUUUGUAACAGCAAUCUGGAAUCUGUUAGUCACAACAGGCCAGGAAGUGAAAUAUGACUUGCUGGUUAGUAAUGCAAUCCAGUUUCUGGCCUCAGUUUGUGAGAGACCCCAUUACAAGCAUCUGUUUGAAGACCAGAAUACAUUGACAAGCAUCUGUGAAAAAGUUAUUGUUCCCAAUAUGGAGUUCAGAGCGGCUGAUGAAGAGGCAUUUGAAGAUAAUUCUGAAGAAUAUAUAAGAAGGGAUUUGGAAGGAUCAGAUAUUGACACCAGGCGCAGAGCAGCUUGUGAUCUAGUCAGAGGCUUGUGCAAGUUUUUUGAAGGACCUGUGACAGGGAUUUUUUCUGGUUAUGUUAAUUCUAUGCUACAAGAAUAUGCCAAGAAUCCAUCUGUUAACUGGAAGCACAAAGAUGCAGCUAUUUACCUUGUCACGUCUUUGGCAUCCAAAGCUCAAACACAGAAGCAUGGAAUAACACAAGCCAAUGAACUUGUUAAUCUGACUGAAUUCUUUGUGAAUCACAUUCAACCUGACUUAAAGUCUGCCAGUGUGAAUGAGUUCCCGGUUCUAAAAGCAGAUGGUAUCAAAUAUAUCAUGAUUUUUAGAAACCAAGUACCUAAAGAACAACUGUUGAUAUCUAUUCCUCUCUUAAUCAACCAUCUUCAAGCAGAAAGUAUCGUGGUCCACACUUACGCAGCCCAUGCUCUUGAAAGACUAUUUACCAUGAGAGGGACAAACAAUACCACCCUCAUUACAGCUGCAGAAAUGGCACCAUUUGUGGAAGUGCUAUUAACAAACCUUUUUAAAGCACUGACACUUCCUGGCUCAUCUGAAAAUGAAUACAUUAUGAAAGCCAUCAUGAGGAGUUUUUCCUUGCUGCAGGAAUCUAUAAUUCCAUACAUCCCUUCUGUCAUCACCCAGCUUACACAGAAACUGCUGGCUGUCAGUAAGAAUCCAAGCAAACCUCACUUUAACCAUUACAUGUUUGAAUCAAUAUGCUUGUCGAUAAGGAUAACAUGCAAAGCAAACCCUGAUGCGGUUGGAAGCUUUGAAGAGGCUUUGUUUAUGGUAUUCACUGAGAUACUACAGAAUGAUGUGCAAGAGUUCAUUCCAUAUGUGUUUCAAGUGAUGUCCCUACUUCUAGAAAUGCACAAAAAUGAAAUCCCGUCAUCUUACAUGGCAUUGUUUCCUCAUCUACUUCAGCCAGUAUUAUGGGAAAGGACAGGAAACAUUCCUCCUUUGGUCCGACUCCUGCAGGCUUAUUUAGAGCGGGGUGCCAAUACAAUAGCAAGUGCUGCUGCAGACAAAAUUCCUGGAUUGUUAGGUGUGUUCCAGAAGUUAAUUGCCUCUAAAGCCAAUGACCAUCAAGGAUUCUAUCUCCUGAACAGUAUCAUAGAGCACAUGCCCCCUGAAUCAGUUGACCAGUACAGGAAGCAGAUCUUCAUUCUCCUAUUCCAAAGACUUCAAAAUUCCAAAACAACAAAGUUUAUUAAAAGUUUCCUAGUCUUCAUUAACUUGUACUGCAUAAAAUAUGGAGCCUUAGCUCUGCAGGAAAUAUUUGACAGCAUACAGCCAAAGAUGUUUGGAAUGGUUUUGGAGAAAAUUAUAAUUCCUGAAAUCCAGAAAGUGUCUGGGCAAGUUGAAAAGAAAAUCUGUGCUGUUGGCAUUACAAAAAUAUUAACAGAAUGCCCUCCUAUGAUGGACACAGAGUACACCAAGCUGUGGACUCCUCUGCUGCAGGCCCUCAUUGGCCUCUUUGAGCUGCCUGAGGAUGACACUAUCCCUGAUGAAGAACAUUUCAUUGACAUAGAAGAUACUCCAGGAUAUCAGACUGCAUUCUCUCAGCUAGCCUUUGCUGGAAAAAAAGAACAUGAUCCUGUAGGUCAAAUGGUGAACAAUCCUCGAAUCCAUCUGGCACAGUCUCUUCACAAACUGUCUACAGCGUGCCCAGGCAGGGUUCCAUCAAUGCUGAGUACUAGUCUGAAUGCAGAAGCGUUGCAGUAUCUCCAAGGAUACCUCCAAGCUGCAAGUGUGACACUGCUCUGAAUCCCAUAUAUUCCAGAAGCAAGAUCAAAAGCUGGUUUGUUACACAGAAGGUUGACACUGACUUUUUUUAUAGCAGAGCUCAGACAAAAUGAAAAAUACUACUUGAAAAUGUAUUGCAGAAUCCAUCUUUUAAAAGAUAAAUGUGGCUUUAAGCAGAAGUGGGAAGAAUUUGGUGGCUUGUGUGUUCAUAGGUGAAAGGUGGUUAACUUCCAUUCCCAGCUGAAUUCUGAAGGGAAUGGCCAUAGCUUGUCAUGGGCUUUAUAUGGAAUCUGCAUCUGCAGUGUUUGGAUAACAGUUUGAAAUGUAUGGAGAGCACUGGCUGUAGAAACUCACUUCAGUCACUAAAAUUCCUUUUCAUUUUGAUGUUGUCCUUUGUAUUUCUUUUGUCUUUCCUUAAACUUUAUCUAAAUUGUGAAUAAAUAAGAAGUCCUUGUUUAAAAUGCCUGUCACUGUGCACUUACUGUUUUAGAAGAAUGUAGUUGGUUUAAAAAAUGUUUUAAACUUAGCAUAUAAAAUAGUGGGACUGUGAGGAUUUUUCUUUAUCUUAAGUAAUAGUUUAAAUACAUUGUAGGAUCAUUCAGAGCAAAUAUGAAACUUUGGCAGAAGAUCCAAAGCUAUUGUCACGCUUGAUGUUCAUCAACAGAUGCACCCCGUCUCUUAGAGCAAGACACGUCAGUAGAGUGCAGUGAAAGCAAGUGAUACUCCCUCUUAGAGAGAGUAUCAGUCUCCAGGUGGAUUUUUAGUGAUGUAUUAGAACUGGAAUGGUGAUUAUAGGGUUGUUUAACUCGGAUGUUCUCCCUGUAUCCUCAUAAAUAGACUGAUUAGGUGUAGUAGCCUUGAACUCUAAAUGCAUGGGUUUGCCUUGUAGUUUUGGCUGUUCAAGUGACUAAUUAAAUACCUGAACCUUAGUGUGUUUUCAGAUGGCCUGGGCAUCAAACUACUCGACCAUAGGCUUUGAGAGCACUAGUGCUGCAGGAAUAUAAAUACAUCUAAUUGUAGAGGCUGAAAAACUCCUAAAUAAGAGCCAAGUCCUGGACUUAGGCGAUACAAAGCAACAUCAUACAGGAUGGAUUUUGUUGUUGUCCACAGAAAUUCUGCAGAUGAACUUGAAUCAGGGCUGGUUUUUGUAGUUAGAAUGCCUGAUGAAGCUGUAUCAAGAAAGUUACUGAAUUUACUGAGGGUGAAACAGGGCAGAAUCAGCUGUCUUUCAGUUCUUUAGUAUCUGGCUGCCAUGUGAGGGUGCAUGCUGGCCACAUUUCAGUAUAUAAAGAAAGGAGUUGCUUGUUAGACAAUGGAUAUAAACUACUAAGUGCCUAAAAAAGUAUGAAAUGAGUCAGCAUCAACACCUUGAAUCUGGUCUGUCAUGCAGUGUCAGACCCUCUUUGUUCAUAGGUAUGAAGUGAAAGCGGUUCUUGAGAGUGAAAUAAAGCAGUGGUGAUCAUGAAAAGCAUCUGCCUUAAUGCUGAGGAGAGAGACUGUGAUGUGUGUUACAGGUUUGCCAAGCGCCUUGCAGAAGGAAUUUCAAUAGACAGGCUGAAACCACAUGGGAGAUGUGUGACAUUUGCAAGGAACUGAAUGCCUACCUCGAAUGUCAAUGUUAAUUGAGCUGUGGUCAUUCAAAACCUGCAAGCCAAAAGGAUACUCAGAACUCUGUCUGCUCUGCAGCUUUGUCUUUUUCCUUGGAUAAUAGGGAGAACAAUUCUACAGGGAACUUGCAGAACUUUUUUUCCUGUCAGCCUCAAAGAACCAAAAUUAAGCCGGUUCUUGUGGUCUUGUAGCAGUAAUUUGACACGCUCCCUUUGCAUCUAGUGAAGUAGGCAGCCUGUUACACAUGUAUGCCAUGUAACCUUGUGCUGAAAUGGGGCUCUUCAGCACUAUGCAAUAUUAAGGAGCUCGUAUUAGACUGUCUUAGUUUUGCAGUGUAAGUAAGAUUUCUGUAGGGAACAGGUUGCAGAGAUGUGUGAGUGAACAGAUUGUUUCUUAUCUUACCAGUACCAACAUAGAUGGAACUGGACAGGAUUUACAGCAACAAGCCAGAAGCUCUUUGAGAGAUAGCCAAAGAAAAAUUGGCUCUUCUGAGUGGAAAACUAUGAGUGAAUCUUCAUGUUCACUAUCCUGCACCUCCUGCAACUUGUGACUUUUUGUUGUUGGACAGACAUUCCAUGUGAAUAAGUGCCUAAGUGACUUCAGAUCAACAACUACUAGUGGCAUACUUGUCCUUUAGUUUGCUCAGUGUUGAGUAACUUAGACUUUGUAGACGUGUCUGUGGCACUGUUAGUGACAUGUUCUUUAGUCCUGGCAUAUUCUGCAGAUUUCAUAAGGCAUGCAAGUGUUUAUAGACAGCACUUAACCUUUCAGGUAAAUGAACUUUCCAAGAGUAUUGCAUGCAAGCAGAUGCAUCUCUGCUUCAGAGUACAGGCAAAUGUUACUGGCAGUGCCUUCGCCUUCGUUUAGGUGGAGACUUUAUUGCUACUUCUGACACCUCUCAUUCUCAAAAUUCAGAAGGCAACACAAUGUUCCAGCUGUAUUUAUCUGUUUAAUUUUAGUGGAAACUGAUGCAAGCAAUGUUGUAAUAGAUUUUUGCAAUAUCCUUUGGUGUAUUCCUUGUUAAGCAGUUAGACAAAUACCAGUUUCUUUUUGAAGGCUCAGUCUGGAAGCACCUGUUGUAAAUGGAUCUUAUGAGGACUUGGGAGCAUCUAAUUCCAUGUCAGACAACUCCAGCCCAUCGCCUCAGAUCUUCUAAAACAGUUCUGAAAAUAAACAGUGAAUUAUCCCUUGCAACUAAUAAUGGCAGAAGAUUAUUCAAAUUAAGGGGAAAAAGAUUAUUUGCUCCUUUUUGAGUAUGAAGUGGGCAAAGGGACACCUGUUUUGGGUUCUUUUGACACCACAGAACUCUAAUCUACCGUCCUUUCUUGGAACCUACUGACUGACCUGUGACUGUCAGCUUCUAAAUAAUGUUCUAAGGCUUCUCUAGCAGAAGAAAUACUUUAGUGUUGGUUUAAGGGAAAAAAAAAAUACCACCACCCUCAAGACCAAACCUUUUGUUAUCCUGGGUUGUGAAUGAGCCACGAUGCCACCAGCAUUCCUGCCAUGAUGGCAACACACACUACGGCAAAGUUCUGUUGCUCUGUAUCUUCAUAUAAAUAGAUGCUGAGUCAUCCUGUCAGAGAGACAGACGUGUCCUUUCCAAAAGCUCUCUGAUGAGGCCAGAGCACAUUCUUUCUCUCAGCUGACUUCUGCUUUCAGAAAACUUGAUUUUCUUUAGGCUCUUCCAUCAGGCUGCACUUCUUCCAUCCUUGUGUAUACUUUUGUACCCCUUCUGUGACCUUUCCACAAGAACAGCUUUCCUGAGAGCUGUAACAUUGUUAAGACAGGGUAGGACAGAUGAAAGCUGCCAGAGCAUGUCUCUGCAUUGUCACCAGCAUGAGUUCACCAUAAGGCAUCGUGGGAGAUUCCGACUCAACGCAGCCCACGGUGAUCUAUUUGUUUACAGUUCUUCACUCUUCCCUGAAGUUCACUCAUUCUUGUACAGAAAAGGUUUAUCAUGCAGUGAACUUCCCUUUAUCAGUCCCAAGACUGCAUGCUUCAAGCUGUCAAAAAUGCUGCUAAAAGGCUGGUGAAUCACUUGGAAAACAUUUUGACAAAGCCUGGGAAGAAGUUUGCAGCGCAGCAUCUAUCCACCUGCACCAACUGGGAAAUACAAGCAGCCUGCCUGUAGCAGUAUGGAGAUUCAGGCAUCCAGCUCUGUUUGGGGGAGUAAAUUGUCUCACCUGACAAACAGAGCUGUCUCUGCCAGGCUGUGCCCAAUAGUUCUUGGAAAGCUAGUUGGGAUACAGCUCUACUACAUCUUCCUUUCCUAGAGACAAAACUCCCCAAUGUCAAACCUUGAGUUUUGUCUUAAAAACAGCUUCAUCCGUUCUUCAUCAGGACAAUAGUAUUUCCCAAUGCCCCUUUUGCAGAUCCCAUCAACAGAAAAAGAAGCUGAGAGAAGGGUUGUGCAUGUUUUUCAGCCUCAGCAGAAGUAGUACCAAGACACUUCCUCCUGUUCCAGGCAUUUGCUUCUAACACUGUGCAGUUGUGAAGUGGCAAAGACAUGCUCCAGGCGUGACUUCUCUGUGCAAAUUUAACUCUCUGUAAAUCAACCCAGCUAUCAGAAAGUAGGAGAAACGUUUUAUUCUCCCUCAGCUUUCUACUUAAAUUGUUGCCUUUAAUAUAAUUUAGAGGCAAUUUGAGGUGUUCUUGAGGAAUAUGGGCUAUAAUAACAGGUACCAGCUAGUGCAUGAAAAGCUCAGUGAUUGCUGUUGACAGCUAGUUGCCAAGUGACUAUAGGCUUCAAAAUUUCCUCUCAAAAUAAUAAUCUUCUCAUUCACGUGGAGUCAAAGCUUAUGCUGGACUUACUGUGCUGUAUUCAAGAUGAGAAAAGAAGAAAAUACUUUAAUAAUAAUGUAAUAAAUCUUAAUAGAAACUAAGAGAUAUUUUGUUACAAAUAAGUACCAUGGCAGAAAAGCAGAAUAAAGGGAAUUUAGCCCAGCUAGUUUGUAUAUUUAGCUUCCUAGUAAAAGGGUUUCAUUUAUAAAAGCUAUGAAGAGAAAGUCAAGAUCUGUUUCUGUGCCUGACAAAAGGGGUAUUUUGAAGUAUUUAACAAAGAAAAUAUAUUAACAAAUAGCAGAUUUCUAUGUGAAGAUCUGAAAAUCCUGUCAUUACAGUGCUGCUUCCUUCCUAAAGGAAACAAAAGUUUCAAAUAGUUUACAGAUCAUUAGCUAGAAAUAGGUCUCUGUCCUUGUUAAAGCUGCUGCAUAAAGAAAAGAAGCCUUUUGUGACAUGUUUGAAUAAUGAAUAAUCAUACACAUAGUAAGAGUAAAUAUCCUUUGAAAGCAAGGACAUGGUGGGUAAUUUGAGGUGGUGUGCCAAGUGGUCCUCAGACUUUUGAAUGACAAAUGCAUAUGCUUAAAUUAUGUUCAGCUUCACAAUCUGUCUGCAGAUACUUUUUGUCCCAGUGGUGCAUAAAACUGACAUUUUAAUGUCACUCAGUCUGGGGAGAAAAAUCAAAGUUAGCUUUGGAAUUGGCUGUCUCCACCUAACUUUCUACAACAAACCUGCACAAAGGUUGUUUCUGUUCCAGAAGAUGUUCAGUUCUGCAGUGAUGAUGACACAACAGAGGAGAAUUCGUUUCCUUCUGAAAUCAGUGUCACUGUUGCUGGCUUGGAAUAAUGAAAGCAUUUAACAGCACACAUUAGUAUGCAACAGACCACAAGAACAUACGAAUCGGUGUUUAAAUGUGAUACGGGAUAUAUAUCUAUAUACUUAUAUACUGGAGAAUGUCUUUUAAAUGCUAUACUGUCAACUGAUUUUAAGUGUAUGAUGUAUUUUCUUUAUGGUAAUCUCUGGAAUCCAUAUCAGUAUUAAAUACAGGAAUGGAUAUGGAGCUUUGAGUAUACUGUUUCUUUCUGGUUUUGUUUUGCUGAGCUGUUGUAGCUGUGACUCUCCCCACUAACUAUGAAGGCUUUUGCAUUUACUGUAGAGUGAAGUCACACGUGUUUGGUCAGUCAAUGUCGUGGGCUGGAUGCCACAUCUUUUUGUGGAACGAUGGCAGAAAUUACUGACUUGCAAUUUAAUGAUG